AUGGAAAGUAGGAACAUCCCCCAGUGUCCCAUGACAAUGCUGACACUGACGCUGAACCUGCCAGUUGAGAGCAACCCAGAAGGAUGGCCGAAACUCGCGGCCGUUAUUGAUAGCGACCCUGCGUUUAUGAUUUUCCGCCGUUUCGGAUACCUGCGAGCCAGGCUACUGGUUUGGCAUCAAGACCGCCUGCGAGAAAUCGAGCAAUCGCUGGAAGAUCUGGACUGGGAGGAUUUUGACAAUGAGGCGACACGGAGAGCACUUUGCUGCCGUCAGGGAGACGAUCAACGACAUCCCGCGAAACGGAAGGAGUUGUUCGUACGGCUGAGCAAUGAGCUCAAGCUUUAUGACGAGCUCUUGCAACGGUCGGCCGCCAUUCGCGAAUACGAUGCGCCGAGUCAUAGAGAUCGUGAAGCCAUGGCAGGGCUUAUCUGGAAUGAUGGACAGCUAUCUCACCUUGACAGAAGCUAUAUCCAACAUGUCGACGACCUAAUCGCUGUUUGCAGUGACAAGGAAUCCAGCUGGAUCCAUGGUGUGUUGCUAGCGCUGUCGUUGAAGAUCACGACGGGAAGAUCUCUCAUCAGGUAUUGCUUCCGCAGUAGCACGCAGCGAAGAAAGCUCAACGGGGAAUCGACACUGCACCUUGAGUUGAUCGACAAAGAACGCUUCGACGCAUUUGUCGCAUUUGUAUUCACCAUGAUUCUAGUCUGUCUCAUCAUGGGUCCAGUUAUGAUCUUGUACAGGAUUCGACACAUGGACGGGUAUCGCCAGAUGUUAGUGGCGUUGGCGUUCGCAUCGUUGUUCGCGGGACUGUGCUCCAGUGCCACGAGUGCGAAGCGACAUGAAGUGUUUGCUGCCACAGCAGCGUAA